AUGACGAACAAGGUGCUUGCUGCGGUCCAGGACCUCCAGAAGCAGCAUGGUGAACCGGGUCAAACGGCGGGUGCUGCCGGUGGAGGCGCACAGGCCUCGGAUAACAACUCGCGCACCAACCUAAUCGUCAACUAUCUGCCACAGACGAUGACGGAAGAGGAGAUACGGUCUCUCUUCUCGAGCGUGGGCGAGGUGGAAAGCGUGAAGCUCGUGCGCGACAAGAACGUCAUUUAUCCGGGCCAGCCGAAGGGCCAGAGCCUGGGUUACGGCUUCGUGAACUACCACCGGCCACAGGACGCCGAGCAGGCAGUGAACGUGCUGAACGGCCUGCGGUUACAGAACAAGGUGCUGAAGGUGUCAUUCGCACGACCCAGCUCCGAGGGUAUCAAGGGAGCGAACCUGUACAUUUCCGGUCUGCCGAAAACGAUCACGCAAGAGGAGCUGGAGACUAUCUUCCGGCCGUACGGUGAAAUUAUCACCUCCCGCGUUCUCAUCCAGGAGGGUAACGACAAACCGAAGGGUGUCGGAUUCAUCCGCUUCGAUCAGCGCAAGGAGGCGGAACGCGCCAUCCAGGCCCUUAACGGUACCACCCCCAAGGGGUUGACCGAUCCGAUCACGGUGAAGUUCUCUAACACGCCCGGCCAAAACGCAGCGGCCAAGGUGGUGCAGCCGGCACUGCCCGCCUUUCUCAAUCCGCAGUUGACCCGCCGGCUCGGUGCAAUCCAUCAUCCGAUUAACAAGGGCCUGGCCCGAUUUUCCCCAAUGGGUGGCGAGGUGCUGGAUAUGAUGCUGCCGGCGGCACCCACUAAUGGUCUGAAUGUGGCCCCAUCCGGCGGUUGGAGCAUAUUCAUCUACAAUCUCGCCCCGGAGACGGAAGAGAACACGCUCUGGCAGCUGUUUGGUCCAUUCGGUGCCGUGCAGAACGUGAAGGUCAUCAAGGAUGCUGCAACGAAUCAGUGCAAGGGAUACGGCUUCGUCACGAUGACCAACUACGAGGAAGCGAUGCUGGCCAUCCGCUCCCUGAACGGUUACACGCUCGGUCAGCGCGUCCUGCAAGUCAGCUUCAAGACCAACAAAUCAAAGUAA